AUGCCGCUAACCGGAAGUGCCAAAAUAAAAGCUCGAGGUCAGUUUGUGUGUUUAUAGCAUCGUGUCAAAUAAGUAACGAAUAAAAACCAUCUCAUCCGAGGAAAUUGACUCUUGGACAUGGAUUAUCGUGAUAAUAACUACUUAAAAUAAUAAUCACGUUUGAAGAAACUGUAUUUGAGGAGUAGGCAAGUGUCAUUUUUAUGAAAAGUGCGGGACCUGUAGCAAUAAUAGCCAGCCACGAGGGGUCUCACUUUGACUGAAUUUAUGUCCUCACUCAUCAUGUCAUCACUCUGUCAUGUUCGCAUGCUUAAUCGCCAGCAAGAGCCUGUAUCCCCGCCCGCCCCGACCAGGUACGGUAACCGUUAACGUUACUGUCGUUCAAAAUGUCCAACGAAUCCGCUUUAGUUGAGAGCAUCGGCAGAGCCGUCCUGGCGGCUAUCCAAAAUGUUUCAACAACGACAACAACCGCCUCCGGGCCACCACAUGCCACCACACCGGUUCCCACCACUUACAAUUACACACCGGGGCCAGCCACACCCACCACCUCCACUGGGACAUCAUACCGCUCGGGCUCUAGCACCAGCGUUACCACACCUUUACCAGCAACAGACUUCGCUCCAGUGACCUGUCUGUCAAAUGACUACCAAGGAAGACAUCAGAUUUCCAAAGAGGAGCUUGAACAUGUUCUUUCACUGAAAACCACCUUUACAGAAGCGGCAUCUAUUCUUUCAAUCUCAAGGCCAACUUUCUACAAGUUACUGCAAGACCAUAAUAUCCCAACAUCAAAAUUUAAGAGCAUCAGUGAUCAACAGUUGGAUCUUAAAAUGUCACAAAUAAAAACUGAACACCCAAAUGUUGGAGAAGUUAUGCUUAUGGGGCAUCUUCGCUCCAAAAACAUUGUGGUUCAAAGACAACGUCUCUUGGACAGUUUGGCAGACCACUGCACAUCAGAACUGAUCAUGGAGGAGAGAACGUUCAGAUUUGGGAGGACAUCCAUGCGAGCAGUGGGGAAGGCUCUGUAUUAA